CAAAACCACGUGACCGCCGAGGAGGAAGUGAGUGCAGCGGGUGAGGAACAUGGGACGCCGCCUGUCCCCAUCCUCCUCCUCCGCCUGCCUGAGUUAACAACAUCGACAUGAGUCUGUGUUUCAGCCUGUUGCUGCUGCUGCUGCUUCACGUCGUGGCUCCGCUCGUCGGGACCGAUGCUCGGCAGCAGUGGCCCGUCCCCUACAGGCGGUUUGAUGGUCGCCCUGACGCGGACUCUUACUGUGAAGCUCUCUUCCCAUUCUGCCCGACCGGAGACGAGGAUGGACGAAUCCCCUACGUGAGGGACUCUGAUGUGAUCUCAGUUUAUAGGCUGCAAACGCCUGUGUGGGAAUUCAAGUACGGAGAUCUGCUGGGGAAAUUUCAUAUCAUGCACGAUGCCAUCGGGUUCAGCAGUUCGGAGACGGGGGCCAACUUCACCAUGGAGUGGUACGAGCUGUUCCAGCUGGGGAACUGCACCUUCCCUCACUUGCGGCCCGAGUCCUACGCACCGUUCUGGUGCAACCAGGGGGCGGCCUGCUUCUUCGAAGGCAUCGACGACUCACACUGGUCACAAAACGGCACGUUGGAGAAAAUAGGAGAAGUAACCGGGAACCAGUUCAAUGACAUGGCCCAGUGGGUCCAGGACGACAACUCGACUGGGAUCUAUUACGAGACGUGGACCGUUCGCUCCGACCCCGGCCCCAACGCCACGUUGUGGUUCGAGUCUUACGACUGCUCCCAGUUCGUCCACCGCACGUACAGGAAGCUGACGGAGCUCGGAGCCAAGCUGUCGAGUCGCUCGCAAACCAACUACACCAAGAUCUACCUGUACAGCGGCGAGCCCACGUACCUCGGGAACGACAGCGCCAUUUUCGGUCAGCCCGCCCUGAAGAACCUGGCGGAGGACAUCCGUAAAUUCUACCACACGUUCCGGCCGCACCAGUCGUUCGUAGACUUCACCGCCAGUCUGUUGGAGGCGUACACACAGGUGGUGUUGGACAAGAGCUUUUACCUCUACUACAACUUCGAGUACUGGCAUCUGCCAAUGAAAUCUCCAUAUAUGCAGAUUACAUAUGAGGAGGUGCCUUUGCCUUAACAUCCCCCCCCCGUUGAUUAAUUGAUCAUCGGCAUUAAUUAAAAAGCUGCAAAAACGGCAAAUCUUCACAUUUGAGAAGCUGAAAUGAGUGAAUGUCAUUUUUUAUUUAAUAAAGUACUUCAACGAUUAAUGGAUUAUCAAAAUAGUUGACGUUCAAGCUAUUUUUGGAUGAUUUUGAUUGAUGUUCAUCAACAGAUUUUGCUCAUUCAAAAGUGCCCUCGGCAGUUUUCUUGUAAACAAACAAAAGUUGUUAUUAUUCUCACCAAAGUAGUCAAAUAAACAUAUUUACUGCAUUUUCCUCCUCAUAAAACAUUUGCAAAGCU